AAGCCUCGACUCAGCUUCCCGUGUAUUCCUCCGCGCGGGGGCAGCAAGUGACGCCAACUAGUACCCAGCUAGAGACUAAACAUGCGUAUAAACUCACUUAUUUUCCUGGACACCGUGUCUUUCCUCCUAUCUGCAGUGAAAAGUUGAAUUGAGAUCUUUGUUUAGUAAUCUCAAGGCCGUGUUGCUUAGGCGAGGAGGGGAAGAAAGAAAAAAAUAAGAGAAAAUUACAUUGUUUACAUAUCUCCUUUCCUCCUCCCUCUUCCCCCUCCUCUUCUUCUUCUUCCUCCUCCUCCUCGUUGCCAAAUACUGUGACUUAGGAACAAUCAGACUUCUUUCCUCCACGCCACUGAAGACCACGCCGCCUUGCCUCCUCCUCCUCCUCCUCCGCCUCCUCCUGCAGCGCCUCCGUCCACUCCUGCAGGAUGGAAAGCACAGGUGAUGGUGGUGGUGAGGGUGGCGGGAUGGCCGUGAUGGGGGCGACGAGGAGGAUGUGCCGCUGGUGCCCCACUCGAGCACUGCGUCGUGGCGUGUACUUCCUGCUGCUGUGGUGCUCCCUCUGCUACCUUGUCUUCAGGUUCUCAGGGCAGGAGGAGGCAGGAUUCACACAUGGAGGGACAGGGCGCCUCCUGCUACAGAAGAUCGUUGAGACCCGAGCACCUCCCUUCGCCACCACUGAGUCAGCACCCAAUGUGACCACAGAGUUCAACCCUCUGGAGCAGGAGCCCUCGGUGGACCGCUCCCCAUCUCUCUCAGAGCAGGACAUGGCAGAGCAGAUCCAGGCCAAGAUCCCCAACCUGCCCAUCAGCUACUGGCAGAAAUACAAGGGGAAGGCCAUGUCCAAAAACAAGACGUGUGCCAAGUUCCCUUCACUGUACGAGCUGAGCUUCAACAACAUGUAUUGGCAGACCCUCAAGACAAGCAACGGCACUUUCUACCUGUAUGGGGCUUACUACGACAAUCGCACAUUGGUGGCCAUGAAGCCUGUCAUCCGAGUGCUGGGCAUGAUUGACCGGCUGGAGCCACGCGUCAAGACCUUCUGCCAGCUGUGGUUUGAGGGCUACAAGGAGCCGGUCUUUGCCAAAGUAUGGGAAUACAAAUACAUCUGGUACAAGAAAUGGGGAAACUACAAAAAUGGACUCUUCCAGCCAUACCUCAUCGGGUGCCAGAUACCACCGGGCCACCGUCACCUGGUGCCACAGUCAGUGUCACUGGUGGAGCGCCCAUGUGACAUGGCCACUACCAACCUAAGGGUCAUUCAUAACAGACCACCCAAUGGCCAGAAGGAAGACUUUGCUGUGUGUGUCAAGGGACUGGACUUCCUGCACGAUGAUCUGAGUGUGCGCCUGGUGGAGUGGCUGGAGAUGCUGCAUGUGCUGGGUGCCAACAAGGUGUUUCUCUAUGAACUGGAGGUGCACCCCAACAUCUCCAAGGUGCUGCAGCACUACCAGGCACUCGGACGUGUAGAGGUGACCAAGCUUACCCUACCUGGGGAGCAGCCCAACAUCCCAGGACUUCUUCACAUGUACCUCAAAUCCAAGGUGACAAACAAGCGGCAGAAUGAGCUCAUCCCUUACAACGACUGCCUCUACAAGAACAUGUACCGCUACCGCUACAUUGCACUCUUGGACACGGACGAGAUCAUCAUGCCCAAAAGCUCCAUGUCCUGGAAGGGCCUCAUGGAAAUAGUGGUGCCCAAAGCCCUGAAGACCAAGAAAGAUCCCCGAGCAUCCUACAACGUGCGGAAUGUUUACUUCAUGGACACAAUGCGCCACUCCCAUGGGUGGUUCCGGGAGAUCCCGCACUACAUGCACAUGCUGCAGCACGUGUACCGCUCCGUCAACUACACAAAGCCAGGUCAGUACGUCAAGUGUUUCCAUGACCCAGAGCGAGUCCUCACCUUGCACAACCACUUUCCACUGGCCUGCCUGGGGGGAAGCUGCUCUUCCUACGCUGUGGACACUGAGGAUGCCCACUUGCAGCAUUAUCGCGCUGACUGCGUCAACACCCUCAAGAAGUCUUGCUCUCAAGAGUACAAGAACCACACCGUUCUGGACACCACCAUCUGGCGGUUCCGGGAGCCACUAGUCAGCCGGGUCACGGAGACAUUACUCAAGCUAGGCUUCUUCACCACCAACUCCUCCUCCAGGCUGGUGGACCUUCCAGCAUCCGGUGUGAGAAGAAAAUGAUGGUGGCACUGGUGACUCUCUACAAUGUGCCUUAUGCGGUGUGUCCCGUGUGUGGUUCUGCCCCGUCCAUCCUCACCAGACUUAAGUCCCCUGCUGGCCCUGCACUUCCUAGAGGCAGGGCCAGCACUGCUCAAAGUGUAAGGUUCAGACCAGAGGCACCAUGGUCACCUAUCAGGCAGACACCACCACCACCACCACCACCUGACAGGUGCAUCCAAGGGGGCCCUGGUAGCUCAGUGAGGGUCUAGAGCCUCUCAUCAGUAAAGUGAUGGAUUGCCACCUGUGGCUGCUGCUGGCUGCUAGGGAGGAAUGAAGUUUUUGAUCAAGAUAGUAAACCCCAGGAUUCCUUCCUCAGUUUUCCAGAGAGACAGUGAGCAUGUAGAGGUGGCAGCCAUGAAUUACAUUGUAUGGGGACGGAGUGCCGACUGCUGUCUGGUGGAAGGAACUCCAAACUGCAAGACUGUGAUGCAUAGGAGGUUUCAUGUCAUUCAGUGUAAAUAUCACACCAUCCAUCAGUCUGCUUCUUCAUCUCUGCACUUUCUCUUGAAAUGCAAACACUUUCAUGGUCAAUAUUCAUUUAUACUGAAAACUUUCAUGGUCAAUAUUCAUUUGUAUUGAACUUGAGUUUAUUAUAUUUGUGAUGAAACACUGCUCAGCAAAGCAAGGGUUUUCACAGAUGUGAGUGUGACUUACUGGCAUUUGUAGUUUCUUAUUCAGGCUCAGUGGUAUGUUGACAGCAACUCCCUAAUCUCUUACAAACCGGCUAUUUAUGAUAUUUAAGGCAUAGCAUACACAAGCCCUUAACCUUUUGUUGUGUACACACACAGGCAAUGUUACUACUGGGUACUGCAUGGGACUGCUGUGCUUGUGGUGGUCUUUAGUGUUCAUAUGUGAAGCUCACUUUUCCUGGUAUGCAGUAUGCUUCAGAUUUGCAAUAGUUGUCUACAAAGCAAUUUUAAAUAUAUCCUUUUUCAAGACCAUCAGUCAGUGAAUAUAAAGAGUGUACCAGUAAGCUUAUUCCAAGGAUUUACAGGAACUACUACAAAUAAAGCAUUCACACACACACACACACACACACACACACACACACACACACACACACACACACACACACACACACACACACACACACACACACACAGAAAUAUAGAAGUAUGGAACAAGCUAGGUGAGAAUGUAGUAUCGGCAAUGAGCAUGCACAAGGAAAAACUAGACAAGGGUAGAUAUGGAGAUGGAACCACACGAGCAUAGCUCAGGCUCUGUAAAUUACAACUAGGAUCCCCCCCCACACACUCUCUCUCUCUCUCUCUCUCUCUCUCUCUCUCUCUCUCUCUCUCUCUCUCUCUCUCUCUCUCUCUCUCUCUCUCUCUCUCUCUCUCUCUCUCUCUCUGACUUGACACAGAUUGAGGAUUGCAAGACCACAGCUGCUCCAUUCUUCAUAGACUUGUCAUAUAAAGACAAAAAAAAAAUUGAAAGACAAGAUUAUGUGAAUUUAACCACCUCUAACAAACACUAUCUAAAUGAGGAAAGCAAAUCCCAUGCAACACUACCAAACCACGACACCUAAAUUCUUUAAUCUACAUGCUUACUCUGCAUUACCAAGUUGCCAGGGACAGAUGGAGGAUGCUGGUCUGAGGUAGGCUGCUUUGUUCAUCAUAAGGAUUACGUGGUCACAUAUAAACAAAACUAUUACCAGUUUAAUAGCUACUCAUUUUUCUAUGUACCAGGCUGUCCCUUGUAACAGAUGUCAGUCUGGCAUAUACAAAGAAGUGUACCAGCAAAACGGGUAUUAUUAAUUGUAUGAGUGAUUGUGAGCAUAGGUCAUUCUCAUAAUGGACUCAAGCUCCCUUAAGUAAUAUCCUAAAGUAUUUGAAACAUUCAUGUCAUUCACUGCCACACUGUAAAAACCCUUCUUUUCAUAAUGGUAAAAGUAUGUAACCAUCAAUUUGUUGUAACACAUUAUAAAAUGACAAAACCACCAUGAAAGCAGUAGUAUCUUGCCAACUGUUUCAGGAAGAGGUGUGGAACCCAAGCAGAUAUUUUCCUACCCAUUUCUCCUAUAACACACCUCUAGUAUUAUAUAAUGUGUAGUCUAAGAAGCUUGGGAAGACAUUGUUUUGUAAUUUAUCUGAAAAAAUGCACAUAGGAAAGUAAGAAUACCAUUGUCCAAACUACUGGUUCAGCCAAGUUUUGAAUUGAUGUUUUGUCUCAUUACCUCUGAUACUUUUAAUCAAACAUUUAAAUAAAUAUUCUUAGAGAAAACAAAGUGUCUGGCUAGAUCUACAAGGAAGGCAAGUGACAGUAAGCAGAUAAUAGCCAUGCUUGCUGUGUGCUGCUUUAUACACAAGUCAAUGGUAAAUGCAAAGCCAACAUUGUGUUGUGAGGGAUGCAAGAGGCAUCAUGUGUAACAAGACCACCAAACAAACCCAGACUGUACAGUAAAUCCAAGUAAAAAUAAGAAUACAAGAUUCCCCAAUUCACUGCAGUUGUGUAAUACAGAUACACUAAGUGUGGAGAUGCCCCAUGGCUCUUACUUCAGAUUUCUACUUGGAUUCACUUUCUUUUCCAGCUGCAUGCUUCACAAGUGUUGCACAGCAGCCAUCCAUGCUGUUGCUUACAGCAUCAAUUCACACUUAACAAUGCAAUUACAGGACCUGUGCAUAUAUCCCAUAUCAUUACUACAAGAUGACAAGCAGGGAGAGUUUAGUUACACCAAUGGAGGGCAUUCAAAGGUGGCCUAGUUUUAUAUAAUGUAAGUGAUACUCGGCACCCUAAGGUUAUGACAUGUUCAGGCAGGAAGAAUAACAUGAAAUGUUACAGGCAAAAAUGUUCUCUAGUAAGACUACUACUGUAAGAACUUGAAUUUGACAAGAUGACCUUGAGACGACUGAAGUGCAAAAUUAUAUAUAUAUAUAUAUAUAUAUAAUUUUAUUUUUUUAAAGCCUUAUGCAGCAGCAGCAACAGAGAACAAUGGUCAUGUUACCCAAAUAUAGAAAGGUGUAGUUAUUGGAUAUUUCCAAUAACUACGCAACUUUACCAGUGCAUAUAUUCACAAAACUACUGCCAGAGGAAACAUGGCUGGCUAAAAUUCACUAUAAUACUAAAGAUAAGUGAAAUUAUUAUAUAUUGUCCCUAAUGAGCUAUUACUGUUUUUUAAUCCAUUCCUGUAAACUCUAUAAAGGAUGUUGAUUAAAAUUGGAUGAUCUUCCUUUGAAAGCAAAGAACCAUAUUACCAUACAAUACAGAGCAUCUUGUGCUCAUCCUUUAAAAACUUCAGCAAUAAACAAUUUCCUUCAUUACAAACACAAGCUGCACUUCUGUCAAGGAAGCCAUCACAUCUGGUUAUUCCACUUGUGUGUUGCUGUUGCUGUCACCACUACACGGAAGCUUCAUCCUUUGGUCUGGGAAGUGUUGUGGGAGUGGAAUCCCCAGCUGUGCCGUGCAGGCUGCAGCCACAACACAGACCAGUGCAUGGAGUGUAAAAGGGACCCAACGCAAUAGUACUAAGUAUUGUUGGAAUGAAGUGCCGAGGGCUAGGGGUGUCUGCCUGGUGAGUGCCACCACCUGGGAGCAGCACCCAGAGCAAUGCCACAGUGCCAUUUCUAGCCACAGUGUGUAAACUUAAGAGCUAAUGUCAUGUAUUUUUUUUUUCGUUUCUUUUUUUAAAUGAAGAGUGACAUUUUA